AUGAGUGGCAUAUUGCAUAAUGUACAGAAGAGAACAUCAGCUAUCAAGACUUUGUUGCUAGUGCUGUUCUUGUUUCUUGUGAUAUACACUAUGAGAAUUGAGAAUGUUGGGAAAGUGAAAACCGGAUCGAGGGUUGAUGAUAGCAUGGAAUCAAAGGAUAAUAGAUUGGAAUAUAUGAAAUCAAGUGAUUCCCAGCUUCCACCAGUUAGUCUUAAUAGAGUCCUAGAUCAAAAGUGGGAAAAACGCUACCCUUUCGACGCUGCUGGAUCUGGGGCUGUGUAUGACUCCGUGGUUCAUGGGACCAAGGAUAAACCCAAGGCAUGUUUCGUAUCAUUGGUCCGGAAUGAAGAACUAUGGGAUUUGGCUAAAUCGAUUUCAUCUGUCGAAGAUCGUUUCAACAAUAAGUUUAAUUAUCCAUGGAUCUUCCUAAACGAUGAACCAUUUACCGAAGAGUUCAAAGAACGUAUCUCUGCCAUUGUUCCAAACUCUCAAUUCGGUGUUAUACCGAAGGAACACUGGUCAUACCCAGAUUAUGUUUCUAAAGAACGUGCAGCUCAAACUAGAAUUGACAUGCAGGAUAUAAUCUACGGUGCUUCCGAGAGUUAUCGUCACAUGUGUCGCUUUCAAUCGGGGUUCUUUUUCCAACAUCCAUUAUUAGCCGAGUUCGAUUGGUACUGGCGUGUCGAACCAAGUACCGAAUUGCUAUGCUCCAUCGAUUAUGAUAUCUUCCAACAGAUGCAGGAUAAAGACUUAGGUCUCGGAUUCGUCAUUUCUAUCCAUGAAUUUGUCAUCACAAUCCCAACUUUAUGGAACACUACUCGUGGGUUCGCAGAAAAACAUUCAGAAUACAUCCAUAACGACAAUUUGUUGAAGUUCAUAUCCGAUGAUGGUGGUGAUAGUUAUAACUUGUGUCAUUUCUGGUCGAAUUUCGAAGUCGCCAACCUAAAUUUCUACAGAUCAAAAGCAUACACGGACUAUUUCGAUUAUCUUGAUCGCUCAGGUGGAUUCUUCUACGAACGCUGGGGUGAUGCUCCCGUACAUUCAAUUGCUGCAUCGCUUUUCUUGCCUCGCAACAAAUUGCACUUUUUCCAAGAUAUUGGAUAUCAUCACCCUCCAUACAACAAUUGUCCGUUCGACAGCGGAAUUAGAGCCAAGGGUAAAUGUUACUGUGACCCAAAAACCGAUUUCACAUUCAGGGAUUACGCUUGUGGUAUUCAAUAUUACGAGGCCCAAGGCAUUGAAAAACCCUUUAAUUGGAAAGAUUAUAGUGGCCGAGGCUAUUGA